AUGGCGAACCCAAAGAUCACCCUCUACGUGGACGUGAUCAGUCCGUUCGCAUAUAUCGCGUUUCACGUGUUGAAGGCAAGCGCAUAUCUCCGUAUUCCUCCCAAGAACAGGUCUAACAUAGAUUUUCAGAACUCACCGACAUUCGCCAAGGUCGAUGUCACCUAUGUCCCAAUCUUACUAGGGGGUCUGAUGCAGGCCUGCAAUAAUUCGCCUCCUAUCAACAUCAAGAACAAGGACAAAUGGAUCAACAAAGAGCGCGAGAGAUGGGCCAAGUACUUCUCAGUCCCUAUGGCAGAUAAGACGCCUGAUGGUUUCCCUGUCCGGACGCUAGCUGUCCAGCGCGCGCUGUGCGCGCUUUCCCAAAAGGCGCCCGCGAAGAUGCCCGCUGUUCUUGAGGCUCUGUACCGUGCGUUCUGGGUUGAGAGGAACUCUAAGAUUGGAGAGCCGGAGGGCUUUCAACCCAUUUUGGAGAGUGUUCUUGGCAAGCAGGACACAGAGGAGAUUCUUUCAGCUAUGGGUCAACCGGAUGUCAAAGGUCUCUUGAUGUCGAACACAGAUCGAGCAUUCAAAGAGGGAGCCUUUGGUCUUCCGUGGUUUGUGUGCACGGAUGCAAAUGGCAAGACCGAAGGAUUCUGGGGAGUUGAUCAUCUCGGUCAGGUGGCUGAUUUCCUGGGCCUGGACCGCAGAGAUGCAGGAUUCAAGGCUCUUCUUUAA